AUGUCUCAUCCCCCGCCCCCUCCCGCGCCUCCCCGUCUUCCUCCUUAUAUCCCCCGUGGUGGUGGUGGUGGUGGUGGUGCCAAAGCUCCCGUUACCCGUCAAGAGGCCCCGCCGCCUCCAGGAAGCUUCGGCAUCGGCAUUGAACUCGAGCUUCUUCUAUGUCGUAGAAUUGAAAUCUGUUUCUACGACAGUUUCAAAGCCGAUUCGAUGGACGCGGGGGGUUAA